UCCAAACCUGCUUGCUGCACCUGGCUCUCAGCGCUGCCCUGAAGCUGUAUCAUGAAGAGAGUGACCUGGGGCCUUCUCCUCACAGGGGCAGGCCUGCCUGCCUUGGAAACCAAUGACCUGGUGGAUAAAGACAGUCCCUUCUCUUAUGACUGGGAAAGCCUGGAGCUGGGUGGGAUGAUUGUUGGAGGGCUCCUGUGCAUCGCUGGAAUUUUGAUGGCUCUAAGUAGAAGCUGCAAAUGCAAGUACAGUAAGAAGCACAGCCCCUUACCUGAGAGAGCGGCUCCACUCAUCACUCCAGACCCUGCCAGUACCUGCUGA